CCUCAACAGGAGAACCAGCUAUGUAUGAGAAAAAUGUUCUGCAAGUUUGGGAUUAUGUUGUAUUUGCUGCUAUGCUAAUUAUAUCUACUACAGUUGGACUUUAUUUUGCUUACAAAAGUGGAAGGACAAAGAGAGGAACUACAGAAGAGUUCUUGGUAGGAAGUCGACAAAUUUCUGCUUUCCCAAUUGCUCUUUCACUGGCUUCCAGUUUUUUGUCUGCUAUUACCGUGAUUGGAGGCCCUGCAGAAGUGUAUCUGUAUGGAAUAAUGGUUGUGAUGUACACCAUCGCUUGCUUAUUUACAAUGACAUUCACUUGUCUGAUCUACAUCCCCCUCUUCUACAGAUUAAACAUAAUCAGCGUAUAUGAGUAUAUAGAUAGAAGAUUUGGUUCUGCUGUGAAGUAUCAAGUUAUUUUGACCUUUCUGUUGUACAUGAGCAUUUAUCUUGGUAUUGUCACUUAUGCACCCGCAUUAGCACUUAAUGAGGUUACUGGGGUAAACUUAUGGAUAUCCAUCAUAACGACAGGAUCCGUAUGUACACUGUAUACAACACUGGGUGGCAUAAAAGCUGUUGUGUGGACAGAUGUUUUCCAGAUCUGCAUUAUGGCGGCUGGUCUUCUUGCUGUGUUGAUUCAAGGAUUGAUUCGUAUUGGAGGGAUUGAAAAGGUUUGGAAAAUUGCAGAGGAAGGUGGACGCCUUAAUUUUCUUGACUUUGAUCCUGACCCAAGGAGAAGGCAUACGUUUUGGACCACAAUGAUGGGAGGUGCAUUUGUGUGGAUGGGAAUAUACAGUUGUAAUCAAGCACAGGUCCAAAGAUAUCUAGCCUGCAGAACUGAAAAAGAGGCAAAAAAGGCUAUAUUCUGGAACUGGGUUGGAAUGCUUAUAGUGACAACUGUGGCCUAUCUGUGUGGUUUGGUUAUGUAUGCUGUUUAUGAAAACUGUGAUCCAAUGGAGGCAAACAGAAUCACCAAUACUAAUCAGAUGGCACCGUUACUGGCCUUGGAUAUCUUAUCUCAUAUGCCUGGAGUUCCGGGGCUUUUUAUUUCUAGUGCAUUUAGUGGCACUCUGAGCACGAUCUCUUCAGGCAUCAAUGCCAUCGCUGCAGUCUUUGUGGAAGAUAUUAUAAAACCAAACAGCAAAACUUGGCAACAUCUUUCUGAAUACAAGAGAACACUGAUUUCAAAGUUUCUAGCUAUGAUCUUUGGAAUUAUAACAAUUGGACUGGCAGCAUUAACAUCCCUCUUGGAUGAAAAUGUAAUGGAGAUAGCCCGAAGUGUUGAUGGGUUACUUCUUGGACCCAUACUGGGUGUAUUUACUUUAGCAGCAUUGUUUCCAAAAUGUAAUGCCAAGGGAGCAUUUGUGGGUAUGAUUGUUAGUUUUGCCUGUUCAUUUUUUCUGGGAAUCUGUUCUCAAGUGUAUCCACCUGCUGCUAAAUACACAAGGAAACUCAAAACAUCAACAGCAGGCUGUCAUUUAUCUAAUGCCACCAUCUCCAGCCCCGUGAAUGGAACAUUUUUCAUCGCAACCACAGUGAUAUCUCCUGCAUCAGACAAACCGGACAGCAUAAUAGAAAAUGUCUGCUCUCUGUCCUAUGGAUAUUACACCCCCCUUGGUUGGUUGAUUGUGGUUAUAGUUGGUUUGCUGGUUAGUAUGGCUACUGGGGGUGCCAAGAAUUUGGAUCAAACCCUCAUUGCUCCUAUAUUUCAUACCAUUCGCAAGAUGAUGCUUAAAAAGGAACCAGCUGCACCAUUACCUGAGACAGCCGUAGAACUGUUAGAAACCACUCCUGAAAAAAAUUCCAGUACUGCUCACCAUUCUUCCAGUUCACAGAAUGAAAAGCCUCUCCAGCCCCUGAUAUCUGAAUAAAUAUUGAAAUAAAGUCUUCAAUGUUGUCCGGUGCUGAAGAAGUUAUAUAAACACAACUAAGGUGCAAAAUAUGACAUUUAAUUAUUAAGGUAAUGCUAGCAAUCUACAGAUUGAAUUGGAAAGGAAGUAAGUAAUUCAUUGAACUUGUUGAAAAUGAGAAACUGCCAGAUUUAAAAUGUUGUAAGGUUUGCUCUGUGAUGGUUAAUAACUUUCUCAGUAUACUAGGACAGUGUUCUAACAUGCUUACAAGACCAAAAAUUACUUUUUCUGUAUGUUUUAUGUUACAAUGUGAGUUGCCAGUACUGGUUGCAUUGUUCCUGUUACAUUCAUAAAAUACCACAAAUCCUAAACUGAAACAAAGAUAUUGUUAGCUGUCUGAAUUCACGAAGCUUCAAAGUUUGUGUUUUCAAUUACAUUAAAUGUUAGAAUCCACAAAAUGUUUAUGAAAGCAGUAUAACUGAAAAUCAGUUUUCUGUUUUAUAUUGCAGGAUUUAACCCCUGUAUUAGCAAUGUGUUUCAGCACAACUAACUUAAGUUAUCUCGAGUUGACAUAAAAAUUAUAACAGUGGGUCUAUAGUGUUAUUGCUGAUAACGGGAGCUAGUAUACUUCUCCAUGCUGAGCUCCACUGAUGUAUCCUGACAUUGUCUGAACAUUCCAUUUGAAAUGCACACUGCUUUACAACCAAUGCCCAUUAAUCAAUAUGUAAUUCAGUUAUUAGAAAGAUCAUUUCUAUUAAUCUAUUUCAUCUGUGGUGUAAUUUCUAAAACGAGUUUGAUCGAAACUGAUUCUUAUGAUUCGUGCAGUUUUCAAGCAGAAUGCUGUUUAAUUAUAUUACAUAGCAAAAAUUGGAAUUUUAACUAGUAGCAGAUUUUGACCUUUCCUGAGCAGGGUAGAAUCUAAAAUAAAAUUGGGAAACAAUAGUUAUAAUUCAUUAAUAAGACUAAAUUCCCGUAUAUCUUUACUUGUGUUUAUAUUUUCAAAAGUACCGAGAAACUUGCAAGGUGAAACCAGUAAAUGUUGCUGCUGCUGGCAAUGCAAUCAAAUGGACAGCUGCUGUGAUAAAAUAAAAAUAAUUACUUGAUUUCACCAAAUAGGAUCCCUGGCAUUGCACAAAUUACAAAAUUAAAUUAGCACCAUCACAAUCAAAAUAGGGUUAGACUGCCAAUUAAGAUAGAAAUUCUAGAAUUUACUGUAUAAUGUUGAUAGCUGCAUUUGCUAUGAUUUCAGCGUGAUUUCUCUCCAUCUCAUAUAAUUCACCAGAGUGACUGUAUAUCAAUCUUUAAUCCAGUUAAUCCAAGAUUCUUGAGUUAAAAUAAAGAAACGGACAUCUUCAAAUUCUAAGAAGCAUUGAAGACACACUCUUGAACCAGAUCAGCUGAUCUAAUUUUCAAAUAAUGUUGCACUUAUUACUAGAGGAUACCUCCUAAUGGGGAAUAUGAAGGUCUAUUUCAAUAUGAUUAUGCCAUUUCCAAUAUAGUUUCAGUUUUGUGUUCUGAAUUGAAUGUUGUUUGAAUGUGCUGUGGAAUAUUUUGGUCAUUUUUGAAACAUUAUGCAAAAAAAUCA